AUGCCGGAGAUGUGGGAUGCGGACUUGCCCACCACGACCCCGACGACUCCGACGACUUCGACGACCCGCACCACGAACAUCACCCCCGGCACGACCAGGAGGACGACCACGAGGCCGACCUCUAACACCACGACCGGCACCACCAAGCCCACCAUCUCCACCACCGCAAUUGCCGCCAUCUUCUCCCCGUCCGCACCCUCCUUUUCUUCCCCUCCUUCCCCUCCUCCCUCUCCCUUCCCCACCUCUCACACCUCCUCCUCCACCACCAACCGUAAACCACGGUCCGGCCUCGCCUUGAUAGGUGACGGUAGCAGCGCUAUGGACGAGGUGCUCCGGACAAUAGUUGCCCACUUCGCGAUCCUGAUCCGGGCCCAGCUCCUCACACAUCUUGUUCGACCCUUCGCGCUCUUCACAUUGUCGGAACGCCCCUCUGACCCAACAACCGCAGGUGUAAACCUCGCGGUAAUAGAAGCACCUCAAUAA